CAGUGCAGCUCUAGCAGAAGAACUGCAAUAGUAAACGCUGUGUCUGUCUGUCCGGCGGUAGUUCCGGGUUCUGCCUUCAUUUCUACUGUGUUGUCCUCGUCUUAUGUUGUAGGCAAAAAAAAGUCACUUUCGCCCUCUUUAGGCAAUAAUGGCUCUUCUUAUGGAGCACCAGUUCCGGCAACUUCCAGCCGACAAACAAGUGGAAACCCGGCCGUUUCUCGAAGCGGUGUCUCACCUUCCUCCUUUCUUCGAUUGCCUCGGCUCUGCUGUUUUUUCCCCCAUCAAGGCUGAUAUUGCGGGUAACAUCACUAAAAUCAAAGCUGUGUAUGACAGCAACCCCACCAAGUUUAAAACCCUGCAGCACAUUUUGGAAGCAGAGAAAGAGAUGCAUGGAGCCGAGUGGCCAAAAGCAGGAGCAACACUUGCCCUCAUGUGGCUGAAAAGGGGGCUACGCUUUAUCCAGGUUCUUCUCCAGAGUCUAGUGGACGGGGAUAAGGAUGAAAACAACCCUAAUCUCAUCAAAGUCAAUAUCACCAAAGCUUAUGAGAUGGCCCUGAAGAAGUAUCAUGGCUGGUUUGUCCAGAAGCUCUUCAAAGCAGCACUAUAUGCCGCUCCAUACCGAUCCGAUUUUCUCAAAGCUCUUUCUAAAGGGCGAGAGGUCAAGGACGAAGAAUGCUUGGACAAAAUGCGACAGUUUCUAGUCAACUUCACAGCUACUAUUGAUGCCAUCUAUGAAAUGUACACAAGGAUGAAUGCAGAGCUGGACUACACUGUGUGAUCUCUCAAUCACAAGCUUCAGACCUCAUCUUCCUCCCUCCCAGUGGUUGACUGUUGCCUCCCAUUAGACGUCUCCUCAUUGGACCGUUCCUCUUUCCUACUGGAUCCCGCAUCUCUGCAGUGCACGGGUUUGUUUUCUCUUGAGGGACAAUUAGGGUCCAAGCUGCUGAAGACUCUGGCGGUUUCAGAAGGGAGGAUGUCUGUUAUUGUUUGUUCUGCUCAUGUUGACGGUUUAAAUGCUUUGGCUUUUCUUUAGAAAAGUAGUAUUCUAAAAAAAAAAAACGUGUUUUAUAACUUACUAAUUAUUUCUUCAUACACUUUUAAGUAUGGAAUGGUUUCUUUUAGCAAACAACAAUAGAUGGCAAAUGAGGGUUUUAAAUAUACUUAAUUAUACCAAAACAAGAGUCUGCAGACUCUCUAAAGAAAUAUCUGACAAUUCUUUUGACCUUGGAUUCUGUUUGAUUAAAAAAAAUACUUGAAUAUGACACAAUAUAAAGAAACGACUUCUUCAUAAGUGACUGUGAAGCCACUCUAUUGAGCGGUUAAAUGUAUAUUCAGUAAAUUGUAAAACGUCUAGAUUCAUUUCUUAGAUUCUUAAAUUCUAUUAUGACAUUCUAUUAUGAUGUGGCUGUUUUAUUUAUGUAAUAUAUGGAUAAGUAUUGUUGGUGUGUAGUUUUCAACUGGUCAUUUUCAACUAUCAAAGGUUAAAUUCAAUCAGGUUGCUUUUUAGAUGUAAAUGUUAAUUUAUUUGAUUUGAUUUGCUUUUUAUGCCAGUUGCCUUGUGAUUUAUUUUCUGACAUUACAGACCUUCUUUCCACUUUGGCUUGGCCAGCAAGCAAACUGAUGUUAUUUUAAGCCAUGGACUUUUUCUGUUCUUGUUGUUGUCAGCUGACUUGACGUCAAUAAAAGCUAAUUUAUUUAAAACAAAUGAUUUAAAUAUAUAUAUAUAUAUCUCACUGGCAUAGAGGACAGACAAAACUGAAGCAGUACAUCAUGAUGCAAUGUGAUUGAUGCAUUCUGGUGCUGUUUUACUCUUCCGCUGUAAUUUAUUAUCUUACUGUCUUACAUUGAUCAUAGUUAUGUAGUCUCUUUAAAAUCUCAUUAAAACCAUGACCUUGCAUAA